AUGGCUGACUGGACACAUGUAUUCAAGAGUGUUUUGGAUGAGCACAAGGUUGCCUAUGUUUCUGCCAAAGGAAACACUUCCAAGAGGGCUACAAUCCUCAAAACCAUCAAGGAUACUAUAAUUGAAACUGAUCGAGCCAAGGAUCCUUCUAUAAUGCUUCCAGACAAAAACUUUCGGAAGGCUAUUCGUACAUAUUACUUGCGGUUCCUGGAGGAUGAUGAAGAUCGGGACCUCGAGGAAAAAAUCAUACAGGAAGGUCAUAAAUUCCCAUCUGGUCCAGGGAUUGUCACUGUAGACAUGGUCAGAGACCGAGAGGAUGACAAGCCUCUGGAUGCUGCAGCAUUCAAGACUGAAUUAUCACCUUUUGAUGUCGCUCAGAAGUUGUUUAAAGAAGAAAUUGGGGAGUAUGAUAAGAAGCAUCGUGACACCUCUGACCUGAGGUCCAUGGGGACAAGGACAAAGCUUGUCCGGUCCUGGCACAAUGCCCUCUCACCAGAUGUGCUUGAGGAGCUCAGACUUGUGGCCGAAAAGUGGAAUAAUGAAGGUGCUCAUUCUGACGUCAAAGACAGAUACCGUGGCCGACACCAGAAGAAACUUAUGGAGGACUUCAUAAAGAUGGCAGGAAGAACUAUGGGUUUACAUCUUGUGAUUCUUGCAGCUCAUGAUCGAGGGGAGGGAAAAAUGCCUGGAACAACCAUCUGGGAAUCCUGUCCCAGGAAGUCGAAUAAAAAUUUUACUCUCACAUCCAAAGAAAAUAAAAAAUGGGCAGGAGAGUCUCAAGACCGCCUUGCUGACUGGCUGACUGAAGCAGAGUACACAGCAGGCAUAGAUCCUGAAGACCGAUCUGACAAGGAAGAUGAGAACUUGCCCGAUUUAACAGUGCAUGUGGACGAUGAGGGUUAUCCUCGCCUACCAACAGGGUUUGAAUCUCUCAUGCUCAAAAAUCAGCAGAAGGUUGUACGAAAGGUCUUUCAAAAGGCUUAUGCGGUCAUCUCAAACAACCCUCAGGCUGCAGUCCCCUGGGGUCAUAUCACUCAGGAUCCAGACCAUUACCUUGACAUGGACUGCAUCCCUCGGAAUGUGGUCAUCAAGGAUCCUUCUCACCUGCAGAAGGACGCCAUCAGCACCAUUUUUUUACUUUGGAAGUUCCGUGCUAAUCGUAAUGAACCAAUUUUACGAUUCGUUGGGUAUAAGGAAGGUGACUUCUAUGAUUCUCUGGCUAAGAAGGGCGAUGUAAGUCAAAAACCAAGGAAGAACCGAAAAUAUGUGGAACUAUCAGAUGAUGAGGACGAGGUACUGAAGAAGGUCCCCCAAGCCAAUCUUUCUUCAGAUGAAGAGGAAGACUUGGCAAUAGUUCAAAAGCUUGCCGAGACACAAACUACAGAUUCUAAGGGCAAAGCUAGGAAGCAACAUCUGCCUGGUUGGUCAUCUUGGAUGUGGUCUGAGGAAUAUCUACCUCAAAAUAUGCACUAUGAUAUUCAGGCAUCCUUCACUGCUUUGAAGGAACUAGAGAGCUAUAUCAUCAGAUCUCAUGGUUGGGGUAUGAUUGUUGUCCUUGGACUUGGACUCCUCCUUCGUGAGUGUCGCCGUGCUCAGGAGUAUGAAGCAGAUGAGGCCAGAGAUGACAUAUCAGAAUAUUUGGGCGCCUCCAUCCUUGGCAUUCAGGUAGGGGAGAAGAUUGAGGAGGCAAUUACUAGAAUUCAGGUGAAGGUGGAGGCAAUGCUGCCAGAUGCUCAUGAGAAGCAGAUGUCAGUGAGUGAAGAAGUUCAUAUGAGGCGUCUGGAGAACAAAAGGCAGGUGAAAGAGAGGAGGGAAGCAGAGCAGGCAAGGGUUGCUGCAGAGAAGAAAGCUGCUGAGGAGAAGAGGGCUGCUGAGGAGGCUCGAGUGGCUGAGAAGGCUCGAGUGGCUGAGAAGGCUCGAGUGGCUGAGAAGGCUCGAGUGGCUGAGAAGGCUCGAGUGGCUGAGGAGAAGAGAGUGGCUGAGGUGGCUCACAUGGCUAAGAAGAGGGCUGCUACAUUCAAGAAGGCAAGUGGUACUAAAGCUGGGGGAAAAGGAAAGGGUAAGCGGCUAGCAACAGAUGUGAAUGAUUCACCCAUGAAAAAGGUGAAGACAUCUGCUCCUCCUGCCCCUCAUCAUUCUGCCAGAGGGAAAGUACCUUCAAAGAAGUAUGAGGACUGA